AUGAUUGAAGCCCCUUUCAUGAGUUUGCUGUAUCUUCCAAUUGCCUUUUUCAAAGUAAAGUGAUAGCAUAAACGCUUUUGAGUUUAGAGCAUUAGGGUUUAUAGGUUGAGUUCAAUGGGUCCUCGUCAAUGUCAAGUCUGCAACGAAGCUCAGUCCAAGUACAAGUGCCCUUCUUGUUACUUACCUUAUUGUUCUCUUCUCUGUUUCAAGAAACACAAAGAGGUUCCCUGUGUGAAACCGCAACCUUCGGAGGCCAAAACAACUGCUGUUCCGGAAUCACUUGUAGAAAAGCCAUUAGUUGUUGAUAAAGCAAAAGCGGUGUUGCAAAAAUUCCAACUGGAGGCUAUAGCAUCUUCAAGUGAGAUUCGUGAUGCUUUGAAUGAUAAAGCCCUUCAAGAACAAAUUCACCAUAUUGAUUGCUCCUCAAAUGCAGAGAAUGAACUUGAUAAAGCUAUGGCAGAGGAAGCAUUUCGCUUGUUCACUGAUAAGAUUUUAUCAACCAUCAACCCCUAACUGCAAGCGCUUGUUGCUGAAAGAAGAAUUUGUGAUAUAUGAAAGGAACAGCAAAUAAACCUCUAAAAUUUUGCAGGUUUUGGAUAAUCCAUAUUUCUUUUUCAUCUGUUGUACAGCUCUGCCUCGUGAUUCAGCAAUGAUGUAUGAGAAAUUUUGAAUCAACCAUUAAUAUUUCUUUUUCUUUCAUUCUUAUUGGUAAACAGAUUGGUUUGCAUGUUUCGAUUUUGCAAGUAAACCACAUAUUCAAAAUUGUGAGUGUGGCCUUUGGCUCCCUUAAA